AUGGUCCAGGCAUAUGUUGCCAUUGACAGAGUUCCAACGCUACACCUGUCAGACCUGGCCCCUUCACCGGAAGAGGUGGCGAAUGUACCAUGCAGCAUCUUCAUUCCGAGUGAAACUGAAACCAGGACUAUUCGAUCUGACUAUGUAACAGUAGUAAAGGAACCACUGGAAGAACAUCUCCCUUUCUUUAAUAAAGAAGGGUUUGCAGAAGAAAUUAACCUUCACGUGCAUGCAGAGAAUUCUAAGAGGAAAAGUCAGCUGAUUCCAUUAGGGGUACUUGACAAGGAUGAAAGCGAAAUCACCGAAAAGAUAGAUAUCAUGGAAAGCUAUCAUGAUUACGUUCCUGUCGGGCUGAGUGACGAACCUGUGGUUAUUCCAUUGUAUGGCGACGGUUUAAGUGUAGAGAGAGGUUAUGAUGCCCAAAAUGGACGCAUCAACGCUGGUAGUGCUUGGGCCCAACUGCAAGGGCUCCAUCCGGCAAUACAGGAGUGGCACAAGCGCGGUAUUUUGCUACAGGAUACAUUCAGGCUGCUAUACUCACAGAAGAGUGCCAGGAGUGUUGGAACCUUGUCCUACAUACGGAAUGCUUAUCGGCAAGUUAACGUAAAAGCCGAAGUGUCCCACUGUUUUAAUGAAGCGACGGAGCUGUUGAGAUUCGCUACAAAAGCUUACAUCCUAGCCACAUCAUUGAGUUUGAUGGGAUGCAGAACUGUUUCAGAGCCACCUAAAGACCUGCCAACCGAAAGCUGUCGUCUAAGCAGUUAUCUCAAUGACAUUUGUGAAAAAGUGGUUGACAUUUGUUUUUAUCCACCAAACACUACCGCUGUGAUAAAUGCCAACACGUCAACAGAUGACAACUACAGGUAUUGUGUGUGCAAAAAUGAUUCUGGGGAAGGCAUGGUCAUGUGUGACAACAAGAAGUGUAAGAAUGGAAAAUGGUUCCAUUUGUCAUGCAUGAGCAUAAUGAAUGAAAGUGAUGUGCUGCACAGGGAAUGGUACUGUUCCAGGGCAUGUGAAACGCGCAACAGUGCCCCACAGGAAGUAAACGACGACCUCACAUUUAAAUACACACAGGCACUAUUGUGGAGAGGCAUCGGUGAAAUGGUUCGUCACAGAGCCAUUAGAUCGAACAAUGGGGAUAAAAUGACGGCCUACUGGAAGGAGGAUACGAUUGAAUUCUACGAAUGCAUUCAUACAAAAUACUUCAUAUGUGGCCACCGGUUGCUGAUGGACACACACGGCGCAUUGUCACCGAGAAUGGCCCACGAAUUAAAGUGGAACAGAACUGUUAAUGUCCAGGGAGGAAGUAACAAUAACAUAGAAAUGGAUCUGAUGAUGGAGUUCUACAACAAGGAGUUCAAAGGUUAAUGUAGUCUUAAAUUACCUUGAUUUAUAAAUGUGAUUCUGUAACUAUGGUGGUAACUGAACAGACACCGAUGUAAUAUGUCAAUGAUGUCGCCAACAAAUAAUAUAUAAAGCACAUAACAAAUGCGCAAAAACAUUGUUAUUUUCAUAUUAAAUAAAGUUUGCCAAAAUUUUGAUAGAGAAGGCACAUAAAUAGGAAUAGUAAAUGAAAAGUAUAGUAUGAAUUUCCUGUGAUACGAUUACAUGCUCAUUGCGUACUUUGGUUGCAAUUUUGGAAUCUGUU